AUGCUUGGAAAUUUAACCGGUCGAGCCUUUCAACGCGCACUUAUAGUUAAUAGACGAAAAACAGCUUGUUCGAUUAAAUUUUGUAAACGUGUAACUACAUUUAGAUCUAUUCACAGUAGUGUUCCAAGAACUUUUUCAAACUCACCAAAUGAUUCAACAAAUAAUAAUAGUUCACCGCUAAAACCCGUCAAGGAUAACAACAACAAUAAUAAAAGUAAUCUAUCUCCUUCGAAUUCGUCAAAGGAAACACCUACUUCAACGUCCAAUCACGAGGAAAUUGAAAGUAGACAAUCGGAAGAAAGUACAUCGCAACCUCCAGAAAAUGGAACGACAGAAAAUGUUGGAGAGUAUUUACUUAGAUCUCCAAGAAAAUUACGUACUUCACUUCCUAAACUACGUUCACGAUUGCGGAAACCUAUAAGCCCAUAUAAACCAGUAAUACCUCCAUUAUUUUUGAAGGAAAACUACUUAUCAUUAAAAGAUAAUACUAAUUCCUUUGAGUCAAUACCAUACCCUUUGGAUGAUGGAAUACGUGAUGAAAUUUUGUUCAGCGCACGCGCUAAUCUGUUACCUAUUCCAAAGGGAGAUACUGUACCUGCUAGAAGAGGUCAUUUAUUAUUAAAUUGUCCAAUUGAAGGUGCAUCAUUUUACUUAGACUCCAUCGUCAAAAGUGUCGCAGCAUCGUUACAUGCUGAUUUAUUAACAUUUGAUCGACAAGAUUUAAUGGAAUUGACAGCCAAUAUGUUUUCUCGGAAGGGUAAUGUAACACCGUGGCCAUUAUUUCCCGAGUUGAAGGGCUUUAAUCCAUAUAUUGCAGCAUCUCCUUAUUCAACGACUUCUUCAUUCUCUUCUGAUGAUGAACUGGAAGAUGAUGUAUUUAUAGAUGAAGAAGAAGGUUUCGAAUCGUCACCUUCAAUAUCCCUUCCAUCAACUUUUGGUACCGCUUUAAUUAAUGGUCUUGUUGAAGCUGUACAGAAUCAAAGAUAUUUAGGAGAUCAAAUCAUGAUAAUUGCGGGUUAUUCUCCAUCACUGUUCGCUAUGGAUAAAAAGUCUGUAGCAAACACCAACGUACCAUCCCAUGAAAUUCAAUGGGUUAGCAUUGACAUAUUUCCUAAUUCAGCCUUGUUAGCUGCAUUUACUCACAUAGCUAUUCCACCACCAUCUUCGCUUGAACGUACUCAAAUGUUACAAAAAAUGAUAGCAAAAGACAAGAACGUUGCAAUAAGGCAUAUUAAUGUACGCACAUUGAAGGCGAUGUGUGCCAGUAAAGGAGCAUAUUUUAAAAUUAAUAGUAUUAAAGAAUUGUCAAACCUACUUACUCCUUUGGAAGGUAUAGAUAAUGAUGUUUGGGGAUUUGAACGUAUUCAUCGUUUGGUAAUGAAUUCUAUUGGUAUUGCCCUUUCUAGUCAAAAUAUUUUAAUAUCACACGAUCCAGUUUAUUUAGACGUUGAACAUCUUAUUCAAGCUUCAAAUACUUUAAAGGCUAAUCAAAAGUUACGAAAAGAUUUCGUUGAAUCUGCCACUACAAAUAACGAUGCCAUAAGUAAAGGUCCCGAAAAAUUGGUUAGCAUUGUCGGUAUUGGUGAUGGUAAAAUUAAUUUAACAAACAGAAAAAAUUUAAAAAAAGAGGAUUUAGAUAAAUAUGAAAAAAAACUUUUAAACUGUGUCGUGGAUUCAGAAAACAUUACUGUUGGAUUCUCAGAUAUUCAUGUGGCUCAAUCGACCGUUCAAACCCUUCAGACAUUGAUUACUUUGCCUUUGAUGCGACCACAAUCAUUUUCUUAUGGUGUUUUGAGUAAACAUUUUAUUUCUGGUGUAUUAUUGUUUGGUCCACCAGGUACUGGAAAAACAAUGCUUGCAAAAGCUGUUGCCAAAGAAAGUGGUAGUACAGUUAUUGAUAUAAAAUCUAGUGAUGUAUAUGACAUGUAUGUUGGUGAAGGUGAGAAGAAUGUCCGGGCAAUUUUCUCUCUUGCUCGUAAAUUAUCACCAUGUGUCAUUUUUUUGGAUGAAUUGGAUGCUAUCUUUGGUUCUAGGCGUUCAGACAUUCAUAAUGGAGCACAUCGGGAAAUCAUCAAUCAGUUCAUGGCAGAAUGGGAUGGGUUAACAUCUCGUAAUGAAGGAGUUUUGAUCAUGGGCGCGACAAAUAGACCAUUUGAUCUAGAUGAUGCCAUUUUAAGAAGAAUGCCAAGGAGGAUAUUGGUCGAUUUGCCAACUGAAAAAGAUCGUGAACAGAUACUCAACUUACAUCUACGAGAUGAAAAACUUGAUUCUUCAGUAUCAUUGGAAAACUUUGCUAAGAUCACAAAACUCUAUUCCGGAUCAGAUCUGAAAAAUUUAUGUAUAAGCGCGGCACUUGCCGCGGUUCGUGAAGAUGCUGAGGUUGAAAAGUCUAAAACUAAUAGCGAAAGAGACAAAAGUAAUAAUGAUGUAACAAAUGAUAAUUCAGGACAAUCACCUCAAGUUAGAAUUUUAAGACAACAUCAUUUUCAAACAGCGCUUAAACAAGUAACACCGUCGUGUUCUGAAGAUAUGUCAAGUUUGACGGAAUUAAGAAAAUGGGAUGGAAUGUAUGGUGAUGGUGCAUGGAAUAGGAAGAAACGAGUAAAAGGAAUAGGAUUUGAUGGCGAUGUUGUACAUCCGUCCUAUAAGAGUCAAGAAUUAUAA